AUGACCGAACUUCCCCGAAAAUCCCAAACCUACAACCCUCCCAACGUCCCCGCACCCCAACCCCAAUUCUCCCAAGUCAACACCUUCACCUUCUCCCCCGGAGACACUCUCGUCGCCGUCACCGGCCAACUCGCCAUUCCGCCCCCCAACAACAACCCCAACAAGAACUCCGAAGCAGAAGAACAAAGUACACCCCAAAACUUCGAAGAUCAAGUCCGCCUCGCACUUUCAAAUUUAGAAAAUUGCCUCAAAGCCGUCGGAGCUCGCAAGAGAGACAUUUUUAAAGUUACACAUCAUGUUGUAGAUUUUGAUCCCGUGAAGCAGAAUCCCAGUCGCGUGUUUAUUGAGUGGUUGGAAGAUGAAGAUGGAGAUGGAGAUGAUGUGGGGGAAUUUCGACCCGCGAGUGCUAUGUUGCCGGCGUGGAGGUUGGCGGGGGAGGAGUGGAAGUAUGAGAUUGAGACUUGGGCGAUUAUACCCGGUCGUCGAUAGGGAUUUCAUGAGCGGAGGAGGUGUAGGUUCAAAAUGUGUGUAGAUGUGACUACCUACUCAAGGUACCUACCUGAAUAUAGCACGAAGUGCGUAUCUGCC